GGCCUAUCCGACAGAUACCUGUUCAUACACUGAAACCACCUUCCCACCACUCUCUCUCUCCCCAUCACAAAAAAUAAAAUAAAAUAUGAAGCCAUUCACCAUCCUAGCCACGCUCCUGACCGUCGCCGGUUUCACCGCAGCCCAGAGCUGCAGACAGCUGAGCGCCGAGUUUUGCGAGUGCGGCGCCUACUGCUACAGGACCCGUGACGGCGGCUGCAACCCGGCCGGCACCUUUUAUGGACUCUGCCCGUUGAAGAAGAGGGAGACGACCUUCGAGGCUUGAGAUGCGGUUGGUUUCGAUGCGGGCUUUUUUGCGAUCUGUCCUGGGUGGAUAGGGAAUGAAGGAUAGUUUAUGACUGGUUUUGCUGAGGCUGUGUUUUGGAUUUUAAAAAAGGACAUCGAUAGGAAGGACGGGUAAAAUGGUGGCCUCAGGGACAUAGAAUCAUCUCGCCUUGGAAAUAUCAAUAGACUUCCACAAGAUUGGAUAGGCAAAA